AUGGGCCUGACGUUUGGCACGGCAUACCAGUCUCUUAUUGACAGGCUGGAGAUUAAGCAGAACGAAAACGUUGGUAUUCUGAUUAUUAAUGGCGGAGGUGGAGUUGGAAGCGCUGCCAUCCAAAUCGCCAGGAAGGUUCUGCAGCUCCCCGUGGUGAUUGCAACUGCAUCCCGACCUGAGACCAUGGACUCAUGCAGGAGAAUGGGUGCCACCCAUGUGGUGAACCAUAGGGAAGAUCUCGAAUCCCAAAUCAAAGCCUUGAAUCUGGAUGUCCCAAUCAAAUACGUUUAUGUGGUCGCAAGGACGGAGCAAUAUAUCCACGUCCUAGGCAAGAUCUGUGCACCCUUCGCCAAAGUUUGCUCCAUCGUGCAAGCCAAGUUCGAUCUCUACGGGACGGAGUUCAUGUCGAAGUCCAUGACCUUCUCUUGGAACUGGCUGGGCACGGCAGCUUAUCAUCGUACAAAUUUGGAGAACUAUCAACGAGCUUUCGAGGCGUUGGCCCAUUACGUAGACGAGGGGAAGCUGGUACCUAACCUUAAUAAGCGUCUCAAGUUGAAUGUUGCUGGAUUGAAGGAAGCUCAUCGGUUGAUCGAGUCUGCGACCACCGUGGGAAAGAUUGCUCUUGGGGUGGAUGAACCUGGCGAGGCGCUCCAUUUUCCUGAAAAGGGAUUGCUCCCCAUAACAAACUUCCACUGA